UCUUAUAAAUAUUCGAAAUUUACGAUAAAGUUAAUAAUUAAUUUUGAUCUCGGUGAAUUGGAAUUUUUGAAUUUAUUAUAUACGUCGUUAAUUAAAGAUCUUUGAAAAUGCCGGAUAUUCGUGUCAUAGUUGGUUUAGAUUUUGGAACCACUUAUUCGGGAUAUACUUAUUGUCAUCGCGAAGCCACUGAAGAUAUAAUGUAUACAACAAACGUAACUUGGCCUAACGCUGGCGAUAAUAUCAGCUAUAAAACCAAUACAGUAUUAAGAUAUGAUGAUAGUUUAAGAAAUGUCGAAUCGUGGGGGCAAUCCGCACUGUCUAAACCCCCGGAUCGAAGGGUUGCUGUGAAUAAACGAGAAAAAGUGUUAGAGUUGUUUAAAUUACAUUUAGGUAAUUUAAGCGAUGAGCUUAAAGAAAAAUAUAAACUUACUAUAAAUUAUAAAGUAGCAAUUACUGAUUAUCUUCGAGAAAUCGGUAAACAUAUAAAGGAUACUAUAAAGGAUGUUAGUGAUGAAGCUAGGUGGGAAAUCGAUUUUAUGGAAAAUGUGCUGCUAGUCCUUACUGUUCCUGCUGAAUAUACACAAAAAGAAAAAGCGACAAUGAGAAAGUGUGCAUUAGAUGCUGGAUUAAUUGACGAUUUAGAUUCUAAAAAAUUAGAAUUUACUACGGAACCUGAAGCUGCAGCAAUUUAUUGCAAGGAUAAUGUUCUUAAAGAACAUGAUUUGGCUACUAGUGGAACGAUUUUUAUGAUCGUCGAUUGUGGUGGUGGUACAGUAGAUUUGACGACACGAAAAUUAUUGAAUGAAAAUCAAUUGGGAGAAAUUACAGAAAGAGCGGGUGAUUAUUGCGGAAGUUCUUUUAUUGAUGGUGCAUUCCUUGAUCACUUAAGGACAAUACUCGAUAAUCAUCCCAUGGAUUUAUUGAAGGAAAAUUAUUAUGGACAAAUGCAGUAUAUGGUCCAAAAUUUUUGCCAAAAUGUUAAAUUUGAAUUUACGGGGGAAGAUUUAAACUUUAGCUAUGAAAUGGAUCUCAAUGAAGUAUCACCUGUUAUAUCACAGUACGUAAGCGACGAAGUGAGAAAAAGAAUGGAAGAGGCUGAAUGGUUAAUUAAACUUGAUUAUGAGACGAUCAAAUCAAUGUUUGAUCCAGUCGUUGAAAGAAUUUUACGAAUGAUUCGUGUUCAACUUGAAAAUUGUAAGGAGAAAGGUUCUAAAUGUUCUGCGAUGUUAUUAGUCGGAGGGUUCAGUCAAUCAGAAUAUUUACAAAAGAGAAUUAGAGACGAAUUUUCAGAUCACGAAUAUCACCGCGGUAUUAAUAUUUCUGUUCCUAUAAAUCCGGUCGCGGCUGUUUCUCGCGGCGCAGCAAUCUAUGGUGCUAGUUUUGCCAAUUCUGUUAAUGACAUGGAUGAUGAUGAAAUGGAUGGUCUAAUGUUUGUCAUAGAUUCACGUGUACUAAGACAUACUUAUGGGAUCAAAGUUUUAAACCCUGAAGAUUCUACUUUUCGUUUUCAUGCUAUGGCAAAUAAAGGAACCAUGGCUAACAUUAACGAAGAAUUUACCGCAAAUGUAAGACCUUCUUUUCCUUUUCAAAAACAGGGAGUAUUUGAAAUUUACUUCAUAGACAAAUACGAACACGAAGCUAAUCUUGGUGAUCCCAGAAUGAAAUUACUUGGGAGACUUAAAAUCGAUUGGCCAGACAAACAUCUCGGAAUAAAUAGACCCACUACUUUUAAAUUAGCAUUUGGUAAAAUGGAAAUUACGGCGAGGGCAAGUAAUGAUUUAAAUGGUCAAAAUUACCAUACUUCUUUUGAAACAGACAUAGAAGAUUGAUCAUUAUUAUUUUCCGCCGUCUAAAUAUUUUUUUCAUUUUGUUUGCUAAUAACUAUCGUUAAAAUUUUUUGCAUAUAUGACGUAAUUUUUACAACAUAUCAAUUGGUUUCUUUACAAAUCAUGUAAAAAAUGUGAAAUAAGGUGAAAUAUGACGAUGUGCAAUGUAAAAACUCUUUUUUUUAUCUUAUUAAAUAAAGAUAUUAUCUGAACUG